GCGACCGAACGCAGCAGCUAGAUGGUCGACGGCGCAGAGUCCGCAGGACGAGCCAAGCUGCGAGCCAAGAUCGCCAAGGACGGGCCAAGCGAAGCGGCGAUCGCGGUCGCGCGGGUCUUCCUCGAGAGCCUUCGGCGCGACAGCUUCCCGCCGCACGGCUACGACCGCGUUUUCGGCGUCGAGCUCAUGGAGCACGCGAGCACGCGCCUCGUGAUGCUACCGAUGGGCCACCUCGUCUUCCAAGUGUGGCGUGGGCUCUCGCAGGCCAACGCUAUCUCCGAGGCAGCGGUCGUGAGCGCGCUGUGGCAAGGCCGCCUUCCCAACUUCUUCCGCGAGUGCGUCAUGGCGCAGGCCGACGGUGCCGCGAGUCCGUGUAUCGCGGAGCUCUUGCAUCGCGGCUUCAGCGACAUCGCAUGGGAUCUGGCGCUGCACCAGCUUCUCGCCAAGCUCGCUGGCAAAGAGAUCGCGGGCCUCCGCGUCAGUGGCACGACGGUGACGCCCGAGGACAUUCAUUUGGACGAUAGCUUCCAGCCGGUGCCCAUUGCCCACGCUGCCGCGAUUCCGCUGUAUGUCAAGAAGACGUCCACGCGCGCGCGGCAGAGCGACGCGCAGUUGUUUUCGCGCCUCAUGGCCGACCCGUGCUCGACCGAGGCGCCGACCGAGUGGGUCGGCGGCGGCAGCGGCCCGGCGGCGUUCGAAGUCCUCGUCGUUCGAAGCGACGGGAUUCCAUUUACAGAGGCCGACUGGGCUGUUCUCGACAGCUUCAAGGACGCGAUGCUCCAGCAGCGCCCACGCGUCGUGAUGCGAAGUCACUUUACCACUUUCGCCAAGGCGCUGUCGGCCCCCGUCGCCACGAUUGCGCUCGAAGUGGUCUUUCCACGUGGCCAAGCCGUGCGCGCGUAUGGCCUCGAGAAGCAUCCGGAGCUCAAUGGGGCCAAGGGCAAGACCAACGGCAAGUACAGCAAGGGCCGCGUCGGGGUCAAGUUUGAGGGCCGCGCGACCGCCGUCGCUCUCUUGCCGACCCACUUGACGCUUCUCAAGUAG